ACUGAUUGACAGAGGCGCCGACCAAACAGGGCACGAGACGACUUGAGGCCGCCCUACAAGGGUUUGGUUGCAGCCAAGCUGUCUCUUUAAACUGGUUUCAUCUGAGAGCAGGGAGAGACAGCGGUGGGGUUUGUGGCCAAACAUAAAGGCUCCACUUAACCAGCUGCCUGACUAGACUCCAAAGACACGAACAUCUUCAAAGAAAACCUUGGUUCCUUGGGACUCGCCGCUGCAUUCGCGGGGUGGGUCUGUGUGCGCGCUUCCAUCUCGGGGCGAAAGGGUCGAGGAGGGGCCAGAGAAGGGAGGCGGGCACAACCUGCCAAGGGUGUGAUGAUGGAGCAGCGUCUUCAGCGGCCGCGGUGGCAGCAUCAGCAUCAGCGGCAUCAACAGCAUCAGCAACAGCUCUUGAACACACCUCAAUGAUAGCGGCAUUGGAAGCGGCUGAGCAGAAAGACGUAAGCGGGCUAACUAUAGCUGCCGGGAUGUAACCUGUUCGGCUCAAGGCUGCGAGGUGCGUAAUCCCGAGCCGACCCAUUGUGGAGCGGGAUGCAGCCAGCAUUGCCACAGGUGAGUUUGGUCUGUGACAGCAGCUGAGCCAGCUGGAUCUAUUUCAAAAACAUUAUUUUAAAGUCCAUCUGGACUAGGCGCCACCUGGAGAAGGAGGAAGACAACCCCCUCCCCAAGUCUUACUGGUAAUAAAUUGAGGACCAAAAUUUACAAAGUGACUCCUCCGUUUACCUCCUUUCUUCUGUGCUAGACAGAAGGAAGCCAUGGCUUACUCUUUGCUCCUCUGCCUCCUGCUCGCUCAUGUGGGAUUGGGAGCCUUUGGCGCCAGCCUCGACCCUCCGGGACGGCCUGAUUAUCCCCGAGAGAGGACUCUGAGGGGGAAGCAGCAUGGCCAGCAGCUGGCGCGAACCUCUGCCCUGGAACCCUCUACUCCUUGGAGCCGCUCCACCGAUGGCACCAUCUUGGCACAGAAACUAGCCGAGGAGGUGCCCAUGGACGUGGUCUCUUACCUCUACACUGGGGACUUCAACCAGCUGAAGCGAGCCAACUGCUCCAGCCGCUAUGAGUUGGCGGGCCUGCCGGGGAAGUCAGCGGGUCUAGCCAUCUCCCAUCCCUCCUUGCAUGCGGCUUUGGAUACUCUGACACACGCCACCAACUUCCUCAACAUGAUGCUGCAGAGCAAUAAGUCUCGGGAGCAGACCGUGCAGGAUGACCUGCAGUGGUACCAGGCCCUGGUACGGAGUCUCUUGGAGAGUGAGCCCAGCAUCUUCCGGGCCGCCAUCACCUUCAGUACCGAGUCGCUGUCCACGCCUGCCCCUCAGGUCUUCCUCCAGGCCACUCGUGAGGAGAGCCGUGUCCUGCUCCAGGACCUGUCCUCCUCUGCUCACCACCUGGCCAACGCCACUCUGGAGACCGAGUGGUUCCACGGUCUUCGGCGAAAGUGGAGGCCCCACUUUCACCGCCGCGGCUCCAAUCAGGGGCCACGAGGCCUGGGCCAUAACUGGCGGCGGAGGGAUGGGCUCGGAGGGGACAGGAGCCAAGUCAAGUGGUCUCCACCUUAUCUGGAGUGCGAGAACGGGAGUUACAAGCCUGGGUGGCUGGUAACGCUCUCUGCUGCCUUCUAUGGGCUUCAGCCUAACCUGGUCCCGGAAUUCAGGGGUGUGAUGAAAGUUGAUAUAAAUCUUCAGAAAGUGGACAUUGACCAGUGUUCGAGUGAUGGCUGGUUUUCAGGGACUCACAAAUGUCAUCUGAACAACUCAGAGUGUAUGCCAAUCAAAGGCUUAGGAUUUGUGCUUGGAGCCUAUCAGUGCAUUUGCAAAGCAGGAUUUUAUCAUCCCCGUGUCUUCUCAGUGAACAACUUUCAGAGAAGGGGUCCAGAUCACCGUUUUUCAGGAAGCACAAAUGAUGUGUCUGAGGAAGCCCACAUCUGCCUGCCUUGCAGAGAAGGCUGCCCCUUCUGUGCUGAUGACCGUCCAUGCUUUGUCCAGGAGGAUAAGUACCUGCGACUGGCUAUCAUCUCCUUUCAAGCUCUGUGUAUGUUGCUGGACUUUGUCAGCAUGCUGGUGGUCUACCGUUUUCGCAAAGCAAAGAGCAUCAGAGCUUCCGGCCUCAUCCUGUUGGAAACAAUACUUUUUGGGUCUCUGCUCCUAUACUUUCCGGUUGUUAUUCUGUACUUUGAGCCAAGUACAUUCAAUUGUAUUCUCCUAAGAUGGGUCCGACUUCUUGGUUUUGCCACUGUUUAUGGAACUGUGACUCUCAAGCUUCACAGGGUUUUGAAGGUGUUCCUUUCACGAACAGCACAAAGAAUUCCAUACAUGACUGGUGGUCGGGUCAUGAGAAUGCUGGCAGUAAUACUCUUGGUAGUAUUUUGGUUUCUCGUUGGCUGGACAACUUCUGUGUGCCAGAACUUGGAGAGGGAGAUCUCACUUAUUGGACAAGGGCAAACAUCUGAUCACCUCACCUUCAAUAUGUGCCUCAUUGACCGCUGGGAUUACAUGACAGCAGUUGCUGAAUUUUUAUUCCUCUUGUGGGGCAUUUAUCUCUGCUAUGCAGUGCGGACAGUCCCUUCAGCAUUCCAUGAGCCACGCUACAUGGCUGUUGCAGUUCACAAUGAGCUCAUUAUCACAGCUAUAUUCCAUACAAUUAGGUUUGUGCUGACCUCAAGACUUCAGCCUGACUGGAUGCUGAUGCUGUACUUUGCACACACUCACUUGACUGUGACAGUCACCAUUGGGCUGCUUUUGAUUCCAAAGUUUUCACAUUCAAGCAAUAAUCCCCGUGAUGACAUUGCUACAGAAGCAUAUGAAGAUGAGCUGGACAUGGGUCGUUCUGGAUCCUACCUGAACAGCAGUAUCAAUUCAGCCUGGAGUGAGCAUAGCCUAGAUCCAGAGGACAUUCGGGAUGAGCUGAAAAAACUCUACGCCCAGUUAGAAAUAUACAAGCGCAAGAAGAUGAUCACAAACAACCCCCACCUACAGAAAAAGCGGUGCUCUAAAAAGGGCUUAGGCCGGUCCAUCAUGAGGCGCAUCACUGAGAUCCCAGAGACAGUUAGCAGGCAGUGCUCCAAAGAGGACAAGGAGGGCACAGACCACAGCACGGCCAAGGGGACAGGCCUUGUCCGGAAGAACCCCACAGAAUCCUUAGGGAACACGGGGAGACCCAAGGAGGAGUCCCUGAAAAACCGAAUCUUCUCUCUCAAGAAAUCCCACAGCACAUAUGACCAUGUGAGAGACCAAACAGAAGAGUCAAGCAGCCUGCCCAUGGAGAGCCAAGAGGAGGAGGCCACCGAAAAUUCGACCUUAGAGUCACUGUCAAGUAAAAAACUGACACAAAAGCUCAAAGAAGACACUGAAGCAGAUUCCACAGAGUCGGUGCCUUUGGUGUGCAAGUCUGCCAGUGCUCACAACCUCAGCUCAGAGAAGAAAUCUGGGCACCCACGCACGUCCAUGUUACAGAAGUCACUCAGUGUCAUUGCAAGUGCCAAGGAGAAGACACUCGGGCUGGCUGGGAAAACACAGACUUUAGGUAUGGAAGACCGAGCUAAGUCCCAGAAACCUCUGCCAAAAGAAAGAGAGACAAACAGGAAGUACUCAAAUUCGGAUAAUGCAGAGGCUAAAGAUUCUGGCCUCCCAAACUCCAGUCAUUUGGAGGAACUAAGAAAGCCUCAGAAAUCUGGGAUUAUGAAACAGGUCAACCUCCCCACUGCCAGUCCUGACCUGAGCCCCAGCACCACCCAGAUAAAGGACAAUUUUGACAUCGGAGAAGUGUGCCCUUGGGAAGUUUAUGACCUGACCUCUGGUCUUGUGCCUUCAGAACCAAAAGCUCAAAAACACGUAUCAAUUGCAGCUUCUGAAGUGGAACAAAAUCCAGCUUCUUCCUUGAAGGAGAAGUUUCAGCACAAGCCUAAGACAGCUGAAGGUCUUCACCAAGCCAGUCACAAGAGCACAGAUAAGACAGAGUUAUGCCCCUGGGAGAGCCAUAGUCAGUCCCUUUUGGAAGAUGAAAAUCGUCUGAUUUCUAAGACUCCAGUUCUCCCAGGGAGAGCCAGAGAGGAGAAUGGAAGUCAACUCUACACAACCAAUAAGUGUGCUACGCAAUAUGAAGAACUGCCCCUCAAAGCCGUAGCAUCAAAAGUAGAGAAUGAAAAUCUCAACCAAAUGGGAGACCAGGAGAAACAGACAUCCUCUGUGCAUAUCACUUCCGGCUCCUGUAACUCCAGUAAUAACUCCCAUCAACCAUUAACAUCACGAGCUGAAGUGUGCCCCUGGGAGUUUGAGACCCUAGAGCAGCCAGAUGCUGAAAGAAGUGUAGCGUUAACCCCCUUCUCUGCUUUAAGUGCAAAUAAGAGAGCAGGGCCUCGGAAAUAGAAGGUCUGGGACACUUUCAAAGUGUAGCACCCUGAGAAGGAAAGGGGUAAUCCUGAGUUUGGUAAAAAAAUAAAUAAAUCUUGAAAAUAAAAAUUACCUAGGAAUCUUUGCUAGCCUGGGGAAAUAUGGCACAUAGUGUGGGAAUGUGAAGGCAUGGGCUAAAGAAAGUCAAAAGGCGUCAGGAGGAAGUCUGACUCAGCCAUGAAAAGUCAUUCCCCAAGUAAUGCUGGGGAAAGCUUGGCAUUUCAUCUUGUUUGAGAGACUGCUCCAUCUGUCAGUCUUUACCCAUGGGAUUGAGUGGUCUGAGCAAGAUUAACCAGAAGGCACAGAGGGUGAAGGCAUGAAAUGUUAAGAUGAGGAAAGGUUAGAUACCAGUGACUGUAGUUCUAAGUAGCCAACUGAAAAGACCUAUUUUACUCAUUUAACCUUAGUAGCACUGCUAACAAUGCACCCCAAUAUCUUUUAUAUACAUGAUUGCUCUCAUUUUCUUAAAAUGUAUGUUUCACUACAUUGUUGUGUCUCUCCAGCAUUCCAGACUGUAUAAUUUUUGCAAAUAACUUUGAUAUUAUGUGACACAACACAUUUAUGCAAUCUGCAGCUACUCAAUUGUCAUUGCAACCGAUUGAAUACCUGCUAUCUAUCAAUUGUAGUUGAUUCUUGGAGUACAGUAAGCUUUCUCUGGCUUAGGAAGACAUAACUGUUAUAAUGGAAACUUUUAGUUUGGGUUAUGGUUUAUCUAAUGAAGUUGGAUUUGACUUUAUUAUUUUCCAUCAAGGUUUGUUGUAAUGUCUUAAUUUUUUAAAAUAUAAGUUGAGUUAUUUGUUGGGUACUUCUUAUAGGGACUCUGAAGCUUUAUUAAUCUUGGAGAUCAAGUGGUCCUGCUUAGUCAUAUGUCUCAGUAAGUUAAGGACAAAUUAUCCAUUGUUUGUUCCAAGUCAGAGCUCAAUCAUCCCAAUGCAUUGUUCUUUUUAACUCUUUCAGUAUUUUAUAUUAGCAUUUCCUAAGGAAUAAGCCAAGUGAGGAAACUGCUGUACAUUUUUACCAACAGAAGAGGGAAAGUCUAGGAAUGCUGCAAGAAUGAGAGCAUACUGCAGGUCCAUAAAAUUGCCUUUCAUGACAAGCACAGGAAGGUAGCGCUUUCAAGGGAUUAUUUUUAUAAAGAGAAAAAAUUAACAAUAGAAUCAAGAUCAUUGUAUGUAUAUAUUUUAUUAGGUAUACUGAAAAUAUGAUAUUUUAAAUUACUUUAAACUAUUUAUUCUCAUAAACUUUUAUUGAUUGCUGGACUCAAAUCCCAAAGAGAUUUUAUAACCUGAUUUACUCAAAGCCCAUGAGGUGGUAUGGGUUCUUCUUUCUCCCCAGGAGCAGAACUUACAAGUCUGGCAAACUUAUCACAAACCACCUAGCUCAAAAUGCAAAGCGUAUGGUUUGUUUGCAGCCUUUGAAGCAUACCUGAUAGAAGUUGCUGCAUUCCAUACUGAUUUCCUAGCACGAGCAUCCUCAGCUGCUGACUUAGCUGUCAGGAUUUUGAUCUUUAAAUGAAAUGCCAAAAUUCACUCACAUUUUGUUUAAAGAUGAAUAAUUAAAAACUACAGCCCAGGCUUGUGUUCCUCCCACCAUGAACACCAAACAACUGCUUACUUAGCCAAGACAUUUUCCUCCAAAGGGAUUGUUUUACAUUUGGUGAGCAACAAGAAUUUGCUAGGAGGAUGCAAGAUGGGGAGAAGGAAUGAGAGGGUAAAUACAAGGUGUUUCUUAUUCUCAGUGGAAAUAGAAUCAGAAUUCUUUGUAUCUGUUAUCAAACUUUUGUCAGUGUUUAUUUUUUUAUUCAGGAGCAAGCAAGCACUUGAAUAGUUGCCAUAAAUUGCCCUUGCCUAAUUGUUUGCUUUAUGCAUUACUCAGGUUGGUGGGGUAGGUUUGGAGAGUUAUAGAAGUUUUAUUUUUAACUACUGCCUUCAUUAAGUUCUAUCAUCCCCUUCUUUUCCAUCAAAGCCUAUCUAUUACAUGACUUUAGAAUACUAUUUGAGGAGCAUUUGUGAACUUGGUUUAGAGUUUCUAGACUCAUGUACUUGUUUCACUUGUAUCUGAGAUCUGUUAACACUUGAUCACCUCUGAGAUUUAAGCAGGCAACUGUCACCGACUUUUUUUGCACAUCAGGAUGAUCCUGCUUGACAUGUGGCUUACAGAAGAUUUGCUAAAUUAUACCUUGGUGAUAGUCUGUCCCACAUAGAUUAUUCUCCACCAUCACAAGUCAGCACAAAUGCUUAGGGUACUUCCUAGAGUUUCAUUGUCACUACAUAUCACCAAAAGAAAUUGAACUCUGUCAUUCUGGAAGCUGUUUUCCCAGGCUGAGAGCAAUAGAAAGUGCAUAGAGUGUGAAGGUCUCACAAACAUUUUCUAGGUUGUCCUUUUUGAUGCAUGUGCAGGAUGCAUUCUGUCAUUGUUUUAAGCCAGGGUUUAUAAAUAAGUAGAUUUAUAUCAGUCUUAAUAGAAGUGUAUAUUUUAUGCAAGAAUUAAAUGCUUUACAACAUACAUUAUUACUCCACCCCUUGUGAGCUGCAGUGGCAAUACGGACUGAAACCCGACAGUUGUCUUGUAUUUGCUUCCUAGAUUUCUGCAUGCAAGUGGUGAUAGGUAGGACUGACAACGCACUGCCUUUGACUUCUAACAUAUAGCAGCCAAGAGUUGUAGAGUCAACAAAUCUGUAAGUCUUUUCACUUAAUCUGUGGUUCUUCUAAAACUAUUAUCUGAAUCUACAGCAUCCCACCAUGAAAUAUUUAGUUAAUUUCUGUUGUGAUGUGUUAUAGCAUGUAAAUAACUAUAACUUCUCUGCAAUAAAACAUUUAUAUGAAAA